UGGGUUGCACCUGUUUCUUUUUUUUAAAUUUAUGUUUAUCCAUAUGUUUUUUCUUAUUCAUAUUGUGCACCUCAGGUUGUCCUGAUUUGGAAUACGUUUGAUAGUGUAUGGAGCUUCUCAUUUUUAGCUUGGCAUCAAAUUGGCCCUUAAAAGGUCCCUAACCACGACCUUCUCGAAAUUCAUUUUGGCCACAUUGUCAGUUUCACGAACCUGUCAUAUUCUACUACAAAAAAUGUACUAUUCUAGAGCUUAUAAUAUUUAACUCGAGGUAUGUACCUAUUUGGUUUUUUACCCGAGUCUUAUAUUUGCCGUAAAUAAAAAAAAUAUUGAAAUACUCCUGCAUGCAUACAUAUAAAUCGAAAAGCAAUUUUAGCCAUUGCGUUUUUUUUAAGUAAUACCUUAUAAUAACUCAUAUCUUUAAAUUAAUAAAGAAAACAUUGAAUUGCACUGGGUGCACUUGUUUUAAAAGCAUCCCAACCUAACCAAAAUCAGUAAUGACGAUGCGAUGGAAAAUAAAGUAAUGUACAAUUGGUAAUUUAGUAUGAUUGUUGCGGAAUGGAUGGAAGGUAAGUUAAUAUGCUUGGCACAUCGCCAUGGGGCCCCGCCAAGCUGAAAAAAGUCCCUAGGCAUUCAUGCGUGAACUUAGGCCGCGGAAUCUGCACUCGGCAUCACGAGUUACGAUUUUCGUUCACGACAUCCACCUUUUGAUUGAGGUUUUUCAUUCCUUCCUCUGUCUCCACCACCUCCCCAACCUUACUUCAUCCUCCUUCACCACUGCUACCUGCCAUCACACUUCCAUCUCCUUAUUCGUUCCUCUCUUUUUGUUGUUUGCUGCCGUUCAAAGAGGCGUCUGCUAUAUCGUACGUGAUGCAACACGGACCGAAUCGAACGAACGAAUCUAUACAUGGAUAUGGUCAAGAUGCUCAAGACUUGCUGCGUCUCUUCGCCAGGCCAAAUUUGUCCUAAACCUUUAAAAUCGGUAUGGAUUUCCACAUAAAUUCGUGCCUGCUACGUAGACCCAACUUGUUUGUCAUAUAUUAAAAGCGAAUUUGAUUUGCUUUCCAUAUUUUUAUAAUGAUUCGUUGACUUAAUUGAGUAGCUAGUAAAUAAAAGUGAUGGCAUUUUAUUCAAGACUUUACUUCACUUAUUUUAAUUCCAUUUCCACAAAUAAAUGCAUGGUUAACCUAAAUGUAUCUGUACACAAUGUGCAAAUUGUAUUACAAUAAUUUUCCACAUUAUUCAAUUUUGUAUUCUUUCCAUCAUGACCAAUUAUUUUUCUCUCUUAAUGUACGCGAUACCUAAAUUUAUAGCUUCAAUUUCAUCAUCAGAAGGUGGUUUUCUACUAUGCGAUGGCGGUAAAUCCAAGUCAGACAAAUUACUCAAUGAAGCACCACCCGAUUUUCCAGUAUUUAAAGGUUUACCCAAGUUCUUCAUCAUAUAUCUGAACUGAAUACUAGGAACCCUUUUGGACAUUCUUUUCGAUUUCAGAUUUUGCUAAUAUUUUUGAUUGCACUGAAAUGUUCCCACUUGAUUCCUGAUUGACUAAACGAA